AAUCGUAUACACCCACCAAGACUCUUUUCCACAAGAAACAAACAAAAUGUAAAAUGCAUAGACCUUGCAUGUAUAUAAAUACAUAACCCUGCUAGUUUUCCAACCACUUCAAAGACAUUCUACAAUAUAUAGUGCGUUCAUGCAUGCUUGAGAUCCAAAGCAAAGAAGCCCGAAGGUUCAGACGUAGCUAAAUAUUGAAGAAAGAUGAUCGGGUGGGCAGAUAUUUACAAGGUAGUGGUGGCCAUGGUGCCACUCUAUGUGGCACUGAUGUUGGGGUAUGGUUCUGUCAGGUGGUGGAAGGUAUUCACACCAGAGCAGUGCGGCGCCAUAAACCGCUUUGUUUGUUAUUUCACUCUCCCAUUCUUCACCUUUGAGUUCACUGCUCAUGUUGAUCCUUUCAAAAUGAAUUACCUAUUUAUUGGCGCCGAUGCCAUAUCGAAGCUCAUUAUAGUGGUUGUGCUCGCCGUUUGGGCUAAGUGGAGUGGCAAGGGAAGCUACGGCUGGUCCAUUACCAGCUUCUCUCUUUGUACCCUAACCAAUUCUCUUGUUCUGGGUGUUCCUCUGAUUAAAGCCAUGUAUGGGCCGACGGCAGUUGAUCUUGUUGUUCAAUCGUCUGUCAUCCAAUCUAUUAUAUGGCUUACAAUGUUGUUGCUCGUAUUAGAAUUUCGAAGAUCAGGACUUGGCGUUUCAUCCAGCAAUCCUGACAAGGAUUUAGAAGGAAAUGCAGACAGCACGGUAAGCUCUAGGCCUGCUUUCUGGUGCUUGAUGAAGACUGUGGGGGUGAAACUUGCCAUGAAUCCCAAUUCAUACGCUUGCAUUAUUGGUCUUGUUUGGGCCUUCAUAGCUAAAAGGUGGCGUUUUGAAAUGCCGAGCAUAAUGGAAGGUUCUAUACUGAUCAUGUCGAAAACUGGCACAGGAACUGCCAUGUUUAGCAUGGGGAUCUUCAUGGCUUUGCAGGAAAAAGUGAUUGCCUGUGGCGCAAGUCUAACUGUUAUUGGGAUGGUUUUAAGGUUUAUAGCAGGACCCGCUGCUAUGGCUAUUGGAUCAAUCGCUGUGGGCUUGCGCGGCGAUGUCUUACGUGUUGCUAUCAUUCAGGCUGCUUUCCCACAGGCAAUUAUAUCCUUCAUCUUUGCUCAAGAAUACGGAUUACAUGCAGAGGUGCUAAGCACAGCUGUAAUCUUCGGAACCAUCGUGGCUCUUCCGGUGUUAAUCGCUUAUUAUGCAAUUUUAGACUUUGUACAUUGACCAAUCAAUCAAGGCGUUUUCAAAACAAUCCUAGCUAUUAUCUUACUUGUUAAUAACAUUUUUCUUCCUAUCAAGAUAAUAUAUAUGAUUAUCAUGCAUAA